AACAUGGCAGAUCAAUUUGUGUUGUAUUAUCAUGUGACGGGGAAAAGCUCUCGUGCAUAAGACGGUCUUUGUGUAAACUAUCGUAGAUUCUCCUCGCGGGGAAAACGUGUUGCCAGCACAGAAUACCGUCGCGAUGGCGGACAUGAAAAGUCCACCGUUCAGUGACAUUAAACGGCCCGAGGAGGUGGUGGCGAUGGCGAUGAAAGACAGCCUCAAAUUCGCCGUGCUGAUCGGGCUGAUCGAAGUGGGACAGGUGUCGAAUCGGGAAGUUGUCAACACCGUGCUUCACCUGCUGGUGGCCGGCGAGUUCGACAUGGAACUGAACUUCGUGAUUCAGGACGCGCAGAACAUCAGGCACAUGCUGGAACUCCUCGAUCAUUGCCCGCCCAAUCUCCAGGCCGAAAUAUGGAGCGUCUUUAUCGCUAUCCUGAGGAAAAGCGUGCGGAAUUUACAGGCGUGUACAGACGUAAGCCUCAUAGAGCACGUGUUGCAUCGGUUGUCGCGCGCAGAAACCGUUGUCGCAGAUUUACUCAUCGAUAUGCUCGGAGUGUUGGCCAGUUACAGCAUAACGGUGAAGGAAUUAAAACUUUUAUUUGGCGCUAUGAAAGCUGUGAAGGGUAAAUGGCCACGGCAUUCGGCGAAGCUGUUGAACGUUCUCCGUCAAAUGCCGCAACGAAACGGGCCCGAUGUAUUUUUCAGUUUCCCAGGCAGGAAAGGAUCGGCAAUCGUUCUGUCACCGCUCGCCAGAUGGCCGCACGAGAAUGGAUUCACGUUUACCACGUGGUUCCGUUUGGACCCCAUCAACUCCGUUAAUAUCGAACGCGAAAAGCCAUACCUCUACUGUUUUAAAACUAGCAAGGGAGUGGGAUACUCUGCGCAUUUCGUAGGGAACUGCCUGGUCCUCACCUCGAUGAAAGUAAAGGGCAAGGGCUUCCAGCAUUGUGUCAAAUAUGAAUUUCAACCACGGAAGUGGUAUAUGAUCGCCGUAGUGUACAUAUAUAAUAGGUGGACGAAGAGCGAGAUUAAAUGUUUGGUCAACGGUCAAUUGGCUUCGAGCACAGAAAUGGCGUGGUUCGUUUCGACAAACGAUCCCUUUGACAAAUGUUACAUCGGAGCUACUCCAGAACUGGACGAAGAGCGUGUGUUUUGUGGACAAAUGAGCGCGAUAUAUUUGUUCAGCGAAGCUCUGACUACGCAUCAAAUAUGUGCUAUGCAUAGACUGGGGCCUGGAUAUAAGAGUCAGUUUCGUUUUGACAACGAGUGUUACCUGAAUCUGCCUGACAAUCACAAAAGGGUGAGUGAUGAGCCGGAGCUCACGAGCAUGGUGGACCAAAGUAUGCAGACUGUGCUUUACGAUGGUAAGCUGUCGAAUGCAAUUGUGUUCAUGUACAACCCAGUAGCAACGGAUUCUCAACUGUGUCUACAAAGUGCACCGAAAGGCAACGUCUCAUAUUUUGUACAUACACCACACGCCCUCAUGCUGCAGGAUGUGAAAGCUGUCAUCACGCAUUCCAUUCAUAGCACAUUGAACUCGAUUGGCGGCAUUCAAGUAUUGUUCCCUUUGUUCUCGCAACUAGAUAUGCCUUAUGAUUGCAUAGCACCGAACGAUGUUAAACGAGAUCCCACAUUAUGUUCGAAACUGUUGGGGUUUAUUUGCGACCUAGUAGAGAGUUCGCAGACCGUACAGCAACACAUGGUACAAAACAGAGGAUUUUUGGUAAUUAGUUACAUGCUGCAGAGAGCAAGCAGAGACCAUCUGACCACGGAGGUUCUCGCGUCUUUCUUGGAACUUACGAAGCACUUGGUGACCUGCCUCAGCGCGAACAGCGACUUGUUAUUGAAACAGCUAUUGGAUCACGUCCUUUUUAAUCCCGCUCUUUGGAUAUAUACGCCGGCGCCGGUGCAAACACGGCUUUAUUCGUACUUGGCCACAGAGUUUCUGAGCGACACGCAGAUAUAUUCGAACGUAAGGAGAGUCUCCACAGUAUUACAAACGGUGCACACGCUUAAAUAUUAUUACUGGGUUGCUAAUCCGCGAGCAAAAAGUGGUAUCACCCCGAAAGGACUUGAUGGACCACGACCCCAACAGAAGGAUAUUUUGACAAUACGCUCUUAUAUUUUGUUAUUUCUUAAACAACUGAUCAUGAUCGGAAACGGAGUGAAGGACGACGAGUUGCAAAGUAUUCUGAACUAUCUGACGACAAUACACGAGGACGAAAACUUGCACGAUGUUUUGCAAAUGCUCAUAUCUUUAAUGUCAGAGCACCCAUCGUCGAUGGUACCUGCGUUCGACGCAAAACAAGGCGUCAGAACGAUUUUCAAGUUACUCGCGGCAGAGAGUCAGUUGAUACGUUUACAGGCUCUCAAGUUGUUAGGUUUUUUCCUCAGCCGGAGUACACACAAGCGUAAGUAUGACGUUAUGAGCCCCCACAACCUGUACACGUUGCUGGCCGAACGAUUGCUGUUGAACGAGGAGACACUAUCACUACCAACGUACAAUGUUUUAUACGAGAUUAUGACGGAACACAUUAGCCAGCAGAUCCUGUAUGCCAGACACCCCGAGCCAGAAUCCCACUCUCGAUUAGAGAAUCCAAUGAUACUUAAAGUAGUGGCGACACUGAUUCGACAAUCAAAGCAAACGGAACAACUGUUGGAGGUGAAGAAGCUGUUCCUCUCGGACAUGACGUUACUCUGCAACAAUAAUCGCGAGAAUCGACGGACGGUUCUACAAAUGUCCGUGUGGCAAGAAUGGCUGAUAGCCAUGGCUUACAUCCACCCGAAAAAUACAGAGGAGCAAAAGAUCUCAGAUAUGGUGUACUCGUUGUUCCGUAUGCUUCUGCAUCACGCGAUCAAGCACGAGUACGGUGGAUGGCGUGUAUGGGUGGACACAUUGGCCAUUGUACAUUCCAAGGUAUCCUACGAGGAAUUCAAGCUUCAGUUCGCCCAAAUGUACGAACAUUACGAAAGACAGAGAUCAGAUAACAUUACGGACCCAGAGUUAAGACAGCAGAGGCCAAUCAGCACAAUCUCGGGCUGGGAUCAACAGCAUUCGGGAAAUAAUGGGUACAACAAACCGUUGCCAUGGGGCAAUCAACAAAACCAUGAUGCCCAACACGUUGAGAGGAACUAUAAGGAAUUUGACGCAUCCGAAGGAAAUGACCGAUUGGAAGAAUCCUGCAGCUGCGACCUGAACUCCAUAGAUAACACUGAAAGCGACGGCAGUCCAGCGAUCGUAAAGUCGCACAGCGAGGCCCCAGACACCCCUCAAUCGAGCGAAGUAAUUUCCCUGGAUUCCAGAUUAAGCGACAAACCCGAGACGCCGACGACAGCUCGAGAAAUACAUACAGACACACCAACUAUUCUCGAGGAGGCCAACAGCGAGGCAGUAUCCAUACCAACGACACAAGAGACUAGUGAAGUGAUAUCGAUCGAGAGCUCCAGCGAUAUCUACUGCGAAGUGCAGAAAAUUGAAACUUCUAGUCCAGAUUCGAUGGUGGUUCAAGAGGCUCCGAAGAAAGACGAAGACCCAGUGGAGCAGAAAUCCCAAGAGCCCGUUCCUGAACCCUCUCCAGCUGAACAACCAGAGGAAAGCAAAAAGGAGGAUGAACAGAAUGAAGAAGAAGUACCGACUAAAGAUGACGCGACUGCGUCUGACUCCACUCCACAAGCUGAAUCGCGAGAAGAGGCUGUAGCUUCUACGGAAACCGAAGAAACGAAAGAAAAAUCUAACGCAGUAGAAGACACAAAUAACGACGAUGUUGGUUCCAGUACAGCGGAAGCAUCCGAGAAAACCGAGACAACGGAUGAAACUCCGACGGAAAUCGUUGCUACGGUGGAACAAGUUGUUACAGAUAACACUGGUUCCGGUAGCCUGACACCGGAACCAUUGAUUAUCAAGGACAUCGAGAAACUACAAUUGGAGAACGACCGUGAGAUAAUCGACAGUGAUACCUCAGAAGCGUACUUAACGCCAACGGAGAAUCAAGAGAAUCUAGGCGACAUGAAGAGCAAGGUUUCGGAUGCAGAGAAGACCGAAGACAAUGUCAGCGUCAACGACGACAUUGAGAGUCCGAAGAAGAAGACGGCUGCUGGCGCGGAGAACGGCGAGAAUGAAGAGAACGGCGAGAACGCUGAGAACGACGAGAAGGACAAGAAGGGCGAAAACGACGAGAAAGUCGAGAAAGGCGAGAAAGGCGAAAACGAUAAGAACGGUGAGAACGGUGAGAACGGUGAGAACGAAGAGAACGGCGAGAACGAUACCGAGGAGAACUCAAAGAAUCCCAAUUGCUCAACUAGCGUAAUAGAAAGUACCGAGACCAGCGAGGAGAAGGUAGACGUAGAAGAUGCGAAAGUGGAAUCAGUAGUGACUAGCGAGUUAAUUAGUGAGAAAUGCACCACGGACUCUGUGACAGAGGAUAAAAGUGAUGUUAUUAAUGAUAACGACGACGAGAAGGUAACUGACAAACAUUCAAGUGAGCCGUCCACUAUUUCUACUAACGUAAGUGAUAAUAAGUCAGACAUUCCAGUGAGAACUGACGAGGUAGAAGUAACAGAUAGUGUUUGUAGUAAUAGCGAUAUACAAAGUUCUGUAGAUAAUGUGACGCAAGUGCCAAAUCCUAAGCAGCAAAUUCCAACAAUAUCUACGGUCUGUGAUGCAAAUAAAAAUAUGCCCGAUGGUGUGCCUCAAAUCGUUAGCCCUGCUGUGGUUACGAGGGACAAUUCGUUAGUGAACGACGUAACCCUCGAUCACGUAGAUACCCAUCGCAGAUCCAGCCUGCCGGCUGUACCCUCCGAGACGGCCGCUGACGAGAACGCAAACAAUAACGAACCUCCUUCUUUACCUGUACCCCUGCGGAAAACAUCGUCGCCCCAGAAAAGACCAAGGAGUGCCUCAACAUCCACGCAAGUGGACCCCAAUCAUUUUGAAUCAAAAAGAGCCAAACAAGGUAAUCCUUCAACGAGACCAAUGUUUAGUCCAGGACCGACACGACCUCCUUUCAGAAUACCAGAGUUCAAAUGGUCCUACAUACAUCAGAGAUUACUCUCGGAUGUCCUCUUUUCGUUAGAGACAGACAUUCAAGUCUGGCGAAGCCACUCCACGAAGUCAGUGCUGGAUUUUGUGAACAGCAGCGAGAAUGCAAUUUUUGUUGUUAAUACUGUUCACCUCAUUUCGCAACUGGCCGACAAUCUAAUAAUCGCCUGCGGAGGAUUAUUACCCCUUCUAGCGUCAGCGACCUCGCCGAAUAGCGAAUUGGAUGUAAUUGAACCGACUCAGGGGAUGCCAAUUGAGGUAGCAGUUUCUUUUCUGCAAAGACUAGUCAACAUGGCUGAUGUACUUAUCUUCGCCAGCUCUUUAAAUUUUGGUGAACUGGAGGCUGAGAAGAAUAUGUCUAGUGGCGGUAUUCUAAGGCAGUGUUUACGACUGGUCUGUACAUGUGCUGUUAGAAACUGCUUAGAGUGUAAAGAACGUGGCAGAUCGUACAGCAUGUUAGGUCGGCAGAUUGGUUCUAGUAAUAAAUCACAGCACAUACAGUCUCUUAUACGUGGAGCUCAAACAUCACCCAAGAACAUAGUGGAUAAUCUGGCCCAUCAAUUAAGUCCUGUUAAAGACCCUGAGAAAUUACUGCAAGACAUGGAUGUUAAUCGUUUAAGAGCUGUGAUAUACAGAGAUGUUGAAGAAACCAAGCAGGCCCAGUUUCUGUCCCUGGCUAUAGUUUACUUCAUCUCUGUACUAAUGGUAUCAAAAUAUCGUGAUAUAUUGGAACCACCAAUAUCUCAGCGUCCACCAAGCCCAGUUCAAACUAUACAGACUAAUGGUGCUGGUCUGAGACCAGGCAGUCCUUCAGGAAGCGGGGGUAUCAUGAGCCAAGCCGGUUCCCAAGAUGACGGUGAAUAUGAAGUUAUAAUUGUUGAUGAGAACAAUUCCUCGAUCUUGGCAGAUCACGACGUUACGUCGUCUGGGCCUCCGUCGACCAAGGGAGGUCAUAGUGGUGUACCUCGGCCACGGACAAUUCUCGAGGAUUACACCUCGUCAGAACCAACGCUUGGCUCUUCGACAAGACCUGAACCACUGCCACGAAAUAUCCAGAGCAACGACUCCAGCGAGGAGACAGUGCAUCGUAGCAAUAUCACCGCGGACGCAAGUCCGUCCGACGUGACCACCGACAACGAGAACAAGCACAACUCUUCCGAAGAGGCUUGGACAGACGUGAACCUGAACGAAGAUGGUGACACGAUCCCGAUCACCAAUCAGAGGGAAGACCCGCGGAAUAUUCACAACAUUGCCCAUUCCCGCGGCGACAUGCAAGACGGUGAAGGUAACGUUUUGGAGCAAGAGAUGCUCGGGAACGCGGAACGUGGCGAGAAACCAUCGGCGGAGAUCUCGGUAGUCCGUGUGCCGGACCGAUUAGUGGUGACUUCCGCGUCUCCACGACCGGACGAAUUGCCGAUCAAGGGACUGGUCGAUCAUCUACCUGUGCCAACGCCUUCGCGCGAGGCGUCCCUCACGCAAAAGCUCGAAAUGGCGCUAGGCUCCGUUUGCCCUCUUCUACGUGAGAUCAUGGUGGAUUUUGCUCCGUUCCUCUCGAAAACCCUAGUCGGCUCCCACGGACAGGAGUUAUUGAUGGAAGGAAAAGGUCUGACCACCUUCAAGAACAGCAAUUCGGUCGUGGAGCUGGUGAUGCUACUUUGUUCCCAAGAAUGGCAGAACUCGUUGCAGAAACACGCGGGCCUCGCGUUCAUCGAGCUCAUUAACGAGGGAAGGUUGCUGUCUCACGCGAUGAAGGAUCAUAUAGUCAGAGUGGCGAACGAGGCGGAAUUUAUCCUGAAUCGGAUGAGAGCGGACGACGUGCUGAAGCACGCUGACUUCGAGUCCCAGUGCGCGCAAACGUUGCUCGACCGACGGGAGGAGGAACGUAUGUGCGACCACCUGAUCACAGCUGCUCGCAGACGCGACAAUGUGAUCGCAAGUCGAUUAUUGGAGAAGGUCCGAAAUAUCCUGUCGAACAAACAUGGCGCUUGGGGAUACAUGGAUCCAAUGGCUGCAAAAUUGGCCGAAUACUGGAAGCUAGAUGCUUGGGAGGAUGAUGCACGUAGACGCAAGCGUUUCGUGCACAAUCCACUAGGCUCGAGCCAUCCCGAAGCUACACUGAAGGCGGCCCUCGAGCACGGUGCACCCGAGGAUGCGAUCCUUCAGGCGCGUGAAGAGUUUCACGCGCAUCUCGCAGCCUCGCGUGCACAUCAGCAACAAUUGCAGUCGGCGGAUCUAAUGGACGACAGCGAACUGUUGUCGGACGACAGGGAUCUCGACAACGACCUGACAGGCCCGGUGAACAUCAGCACAAAAGGAAAAUUGAUCGCGCCAGGUAUCAUGGCUCCCGGUAUUAUCUCCGUCACCUCCACGGAACUUUACUUCGAGGUAGACGAGGACGACCCGGAGUUCAAGAAGAUCGACACUGAGGUGCUCAAGUACUGCGACCACUUGCACGGAAAAUGGUACUUCUCGGAGGUCCGCGCGAUCUUCUCCCGCCGCUAUCUGCUCCAGAAUGUGGCCAUCGAGAUCUUCCUGGCCAGCAGAACCUCGAUCCUGUUCGCGUUCCCGGACCAGGCGACGGUGAAAAAGGUGAUCAAGGCGCUACCGCGGGUCGGCGUGGGCAUCAAAUACGGGAUUCCGCAGACUAGGAGGGCGUCGAUGAUGUCGCCCAGGCAGCUAAUGCGAAGCUCGAACAUGACGCAGAAAUGGCAGCGAAGAGAAAUAUCGAACUUCGAAUACCUGAUGUUCCUCAACACGAUUGCUGGACGAACAUACAAUGACCUGAACCAGUACCCCGUCUUCCCGUGGGUGUUGACCAAUUACGAGACGAAAGAGCUUGAUCUCAGUCUGCCUAGCAACUAUCGUGACCUGUCAAAGCCAAUCGGAGCGUUGAAUCCAAGCAGAAGGGCGUACUUCGAGGAACGUUUUCAGAGCUGGGAACACGAUAGUAUACCGCCCUUCCAUUAUGGCACGCAUUACUCCACAGCCGCUUUUGUUCUGCACUGGAUGAUUCGUGUGGAACCGAUGACGACGAUGUUCUUGGCCCUCCAAGGCGGCAAGUUCGAUUAUCCGAAUCGGUUAUUCUCCUCGAUCGCUCUAUCCUGGAAGAACUGCCAGCGGGACACUUCCGACGUGAAGGAGCUCAUUCCGGAGUUCUUCUUCCUACCGGAAAUGCUGGUGAACAAUAAUCGGUAUCGGUUGGGUAGGCAGGAAGACGGUAGUGCGGUCGGCGACGUUGAACUACCGCCGUGGGCCUCGUCUCCGGAGGAAUUCAUAAGGAUCAAUCGUAUGGCCCUCGAAUCGGAAUUCGUUUCUUGUCAAUUACACCAGUGGAUCGAUUUGAUAUUCGGUUACAAGCAGAAAGGUCCCGAAGCCGUUCGUGCGACAAACGUUUUCUACUACUUGACGUACGAGGGCAGCGUGGAUCUAGAUACGAUAACGGACCCCGUAAUGAGAGAUGCCAUAGAGAACCAAAUACGAAGCUUUGGUCAAACACCGUCGCAGCUUCUGAUGGAGCCUCAUCCACCGAGGAGCUCGGCGAUGCAUUUGUCGCCGAUGAUGUUCUCGAGCAUACCGGACGACGUGUGCAUGACCAUCAAGUUCCCGUCGAAUUCACCGAUCUGCCAUAUCUCGGCGAACACGUAUCCCCAGCUGCCACUGCCGUCCGUCGUUACGGUCACCACUGGACAGCAAUUUGCUGUCAAUAGGUGGAACACCAAUUACGCUGCAUCCGUGCAGUCGCCGAGUUACGUCGACACACCUCAAGCUCAAGCUGCGAAUCAACCCCUGUCUAUGGAUCCUGUUCUUUCACAAGCUUCGAACAGUUCGAAUCCAACGUUACGUAGACAUUUAGGGGAUAAUUUCAGUCAGAAGCUGACGAUUCGAAGCAACUGCUUCGUGACCACUGUGGACAGUCGCUUCUUGGUCGCCUGUGGCUUCUGGGAUAAUAGCUUUCGGGUGUUCUCCACCGAGACUGCCAAGAUCGUGCAGAUAGUGUUCGGCCACUACGGAGUCGUCACGUGUCUGUCUCGAAGCGAAUGCAACAUCACUUCCGACUGUUACAUAGCAUCCGGAAGUGCCGAUUGCACUGUUCUCCUGUGGCACUGGAACGCCAGAACGCAGACAAUCGUCGGGGAAGGUGAAGCUCCGGCACCAAGGGCAACACUUACCGGACACGAACAGCCAGUGACAGCUGUCGUCAUAUCAGCUGAAUUGGGCUUAGUUGUUUCCGGUUCUUACUGUGGUCCUGUUCUCGUACACACAACUUUUGGUGAUCUUCUUAGGUCACUGGAAGCACCCAAUGGAUUUUCCUCGCCCGAGAACAUCGCGAUGUCGAGGGAAGGUGUGAUCGUGGUAAAUUACGAACGUGGACAUAUAGCAGCGUUCACGAUAAACGGGAAACGCUUGCGUCAUGAGUCUCAUAACGACAAUCUUCAGUGUCUUCUCCUCAGUAGAGAUGGCGAGUACUUAAUGACAGGUGGUGAUAAGCGAAUCGUGGAAGUCUGGAGGACUUUCAAUCUUGCUCUCCUGUAUGCAUUCCCAGCUUGCGAAAGCAGCGUACGUUCUCUAGCACUUUCUCACGACCAAAAGUUUCUCCUGGCCGGUCUGGCGAACGGGUCGAUCGUGAUCUUCCACAUCGACUUCAACAGGUGGCAUCACGAGUUCCAGCAACGUUACUGAGAUUGCUUCGCGUACGUCUAGCAGAAUCGUGCCGGUACGUGGACACCCGAUCCGUUGUCCAACAUUCUAGUGCAACAUCAACAACGGAUCAUCGGCCAAAAACAAUGGUAGUGUCGCAACGGUGACGGUCACAGAGCAAUCUAAGAGAGAUAGCUAUCGCCCCAAAAACUGCUACGUGUACGACAGACCUACUACGAUUCCCACGAGUAAACAAUAUUACGCAAUCGUGCAAUAACGAAAAAAAAAAAAA